AGGGCAAAUGUUCAUGGGUCAGGUGAACAGACCUCAUCAGUGGAUUGUAAUUUACAGUUAAGAAAGAGUGAAGAUAAUGAUCAACACACAAGUCCUUCUUGUCAUUGCUACAUGGAUUUGCACAGUUUUGUCAGAGGUUUCUGUUUUCUUACCUUACGGUAAUCAUGUUGGAAUUGGACUAUCCUUCCCUAUGGUUAUAACUGUGAAGCCUGAUAAUUGUGUCAGCUGUCCUUUGAUAAUUGAAGUGGUUCCACCCUACUUUACCAACUCACAGAUAAACCAACCUAUGCUCAACCUCGAGAAUUGCAUAGUUAGGUAUAUUGGAUCAAAUGUAGUUAGUAAGUCUAUCACUGCUGGUGACACAGUUGAAUCAAAUAACUUCAUCAAUAUCAUUGAUGGUGUUCUGUCCAUCAACUUUGGAAAUGUCGAUGUGCCAGCAGGAAGCACUGACUCCGAGAUAAUAGUUUCGUUAGAUCUCAGAGUGAGGAAUAUGUACACCAUACAAAACUUCAAUGUUCUCACUCUGCAAAUCAAGGAGCAGCUUGAUAAUCAGUUCAAUUUCGUGAAGGAAUCUCUGCAAGUUGUGAAACCCGAACUUCCUCGUAUCCAGACAUUUGAACCUGAAGAUUCGAGAAUGUUGUACCAGAGCAAAGACGAGCCAGCUAUAAUCUUCAGCGUCAAACUACCAGUGACAUCAGCCACACCAGUCUACAACAUCUCUAUAACCUGCAGUGUUAGGGAUGCUUCUCCUAACUUCCGAACUGCAACUACCAACCCCAACAGUGUCAGCAUCGUUGUGGUGGAACAAGACGGAGUGGAACUGAUACACUUCCAGGCAGACGAGUUAAAACCAGGUCACGUGAUAGUGGGCAGGUUUGGGGUGUAUCUCCACAACACCCUUCCUCCAGAUAAACUCAACAUGGACAUGAGUGUGGUGUCCUACAGUGCUCCCAUUCAGAAUAACGGCAGACAGCUGGAUACUGUUCAGAGUAAUCUGAUCGUACCAGUGAAGCUAAAGUACCCAGUGCUAACACUGGUAGAUUACCCUGAAGCUAGUUUGGUUGGGGUCCCCUUCAAUGUCACCCUGUCAGUGGAGCUUCCACCUCUUCUGGUUAACUAUAAGGUCGAGUUUUCUGCUGUUUUCGGAGUGAGUUCCUCGUUGACGUUUAUCAGUGUGACAGAAGACAACAAAGCUAUCGAAGGGAGUAAAACAAUCACGGAUAAUAUGGUUAUCAUAGAGGGUGAAGGGGUAUUAGAAGAAGAAACAAGAGUUUUGUACACUAUCACUGCACGUGUUAAACCUUCGUUACAAACUCGGAAUAGCAUCUUGAUGAUUGCCGGUCUAACGUACAAAACAGACAGCAAGACGAAAUCACUAGAAAAACUAGAAAAACAGAUGGUAGUACAGCACCCGGCACUACAAGUGGAGAUAACCUCAAGUGAAGCAGAGUACGUGACCCUGGGUGAGGCUGUGUCCUACCUCCUUACUGUCACACACCUGCCUGGCUCAGUAGCUGACGCCCAUCAGAUACUGCUCAAUGUGGAGUUGUCUGUUCCGGGGAUUUUGAACUGUGAGGAGCAGAGUUUGUCUGUUUCUCAGCUUUCUGGAAGGAAGGUUCAGAUAUCAGAAGAUCACCUGGGAGUUGGAGAGGUUCUAAAAAUACAGAUAUCAGCUACACCCACCUCAGAUGACAUGCUUCAAAACAAGAUGAAACUUCUUGUCACUUACUCCUAUCAAAGUUGUCCAGCCUCUUUCUGUCAAACGUAUGGUUUGGUAUCAUCGAAGGAAAGCAUUGGCUUGAAGAUCCACUCAAGUGACAUUGGUACCGAGUUCCUGCCGUCCUGUGCCGCUGUAAAACACCCCUUCUCCCUGAAGAUAAUCCCCGUAAGGGAUGCUGACAUCUGUGAAUACAACGCCACAAUUACCCUCCCCAGCACUGAGAUAAUAUUUCAGUCUGUUGUGACAUCUUCCCAAUUGCCAAUAUCUGUUAAAACAGAAGGUCAGAAGGUCAGAAUUCACUUCGAUUCACCCAACCAAAAAGUCGAAAAUUUGGAAGUUGUCUUUGAUUCUGAGGUUGAAAACCCAGGGAGGAUUCAUACAUUUGUACUGAGAUCGUCUUUCAAGAUGUGUGAUUCUGACUUGAUCAUGGAAGAAACCACCAACCCUUCUAUCGAGAUAGCAGAUGCAGAUGUUGAUAUCACUAUCACAGCUUCUACACCGACUGUUCAAUGCAAAACAGAGUUCACCUACAAAAUAUCUCUUCAAUUUGACAAGCCCAUCCCUGUAUACGGCCUGUCAGUCAGGGUUUUCAAUGAUUUCGUGAAAUUUACCACCAGUGACAGUAGAAUCACCCAAAAUAACGACGGAUUCACUCUUCUUGUGCCUCAACUGGACUCAGACACAACGUUCAAUGUUUCUGGAACGGCUGAAGGGGUAACACUAUCCACCGAUACAACUGCCUCUUGGAGUUAUCAAUACUUUUCUGCUCGUGAAAAUGGAAAGGUCUACUCAGGCUCAUUCUCUCUACCCGAAACUAAGAUAGACCAGCCUACGUUCACCUCAUUCAUUGAGAACAAAGUUGCCGGGAAGAUCACUAUUGGCGAAGAGUUCGUUUUUGGGAUAGAGGUGAUCACAUCGGAGAUGCUAACAGACUUUGUCAUCAGAUUACAACUGCCCGAGUGUAACGGUGAUAAGUUAUUUGAGGUUGUUGAAGUGCCGAGUCCGGUGGUAGGGGACGAUGUUUUCCUAACAACCAUUCCCAAUCAUCAAACCAGUAACCGGCUGUUGGAGAUCUGGCUGCAGACUGACAACAGGGCUAAUUCCUUCACGGAUAAAGGAGAUCUGUUGACUCAGAGAGUUACGUUUAGGUCGCUUUUCUCAAUGUUACAAUGUCAGAAUACUAAAUUUCCUCUGACUUACACUGUAGACUUUGGACUGGCUCCUAAUUUUGAACGUUUCGAUGAUACUAAAUAUCUUAAUCUCUCUGGACCUGAUCUGAAGACAGAAUUCAGCAUCAUUCCAUCGUUGGAGAGGUCACGUGACGCAAAGGAUCUAACACUGUUCGACCUCAAACUUUGGCACACUGCCCAAUCAUCUGCCCCUGCUUAUAACAUUACUGUGGAACUUGUGUGUGAAGAGUUGAACGUGCUGAGUUUCAAUAUAAUGACGCCUCCUCCUCUUGGUUUGAAGCAGGGCGCUGUCUCUGUUAGGUUCGCAAGGCUCUCUGUUGGAGAGACCUUCACUGCCAUCGUUAGGGCGGAAUUGAAGCAAGAUGUACUGGUGUCACGUGCUGUGACAUGUGGAGGCAAGGUGGAGUACAUGUCCAGUGAUAAUGAGCCCAGCCUCAACUACAUUUACACAACCACAUUCGAGUCUGAUGAGAUUCAGUUGGCUAAACCUGCUGUGUCUCUGUGGGAUGUGGGCAGUCAGGGAAAUAUUUACGAUUACAGAUUUGCUCGUGACUUCAAUGACUUUGACCAAAUUCCUGUUGAACGACUCAACUACAUUUUAGAGUGCUUUCUUGUUUCUGUUGGAUUUGACUUGAAGAUGAAGACUAUGUAUUCUGUCUUUACCGCUUUAAACCGAAGAUUGAGGGAUUGGGACGAAGAUUUGGACCUUUUCACAACGAAACGGUUUGCUCAUUUCCGUAAUGUUCUCGAUGGAUACUGUAAAACAAAACAAUCUGAGGAGGAUACUACAGUGAAAAAAGCAGACAUCAUCACAGAAUCGGAUGAGAAGCUACUAUGGAGAAAAGCUUUCGGUGUAGAGACAGGAAACAAACUGCUCUUCACUCUCAUUUAUCUAAUGACCAAAACUUUCGCUAUAAGAGGUGGAGAUGAACUUUAUCAGAUGAGUAGCGACUCCAUCACGAUACAAACAACCAGUAACUCCCACAAGAUUACCUACACAGAAAGGAGGAGUAAAAACAAGCAACCAGGACUCCAAAACAUCAACAAGCAGAAAAAAAUAGUCACACAUUACGACCCUUUAGGAAAAACCAACACCCUGGCUUACUGUCUUCUGCUUUAUCUCCGCUACUCUCACCCAGAUGUCACAUCAAAGAACUCAACCCUCCCGCUCUUCAAUCACCCUCACAAAUCUCCUAUUAUCCUUGGACCUGAUCUGAAGACAGAAUUCAGCAUCAUUCCAUCGUUGGAGAGGUCACGUGACGCAAAGGAUCUAACACUGUUCGACCUCAAACUUUGGCACACUGCCCAAUCAUCUGCCCCUGCUUAUAACAUUACUGUGGAACUUGUGUGUGAAGAGUUGAACGUGCUGAGUUUCAAUAUAAUGACGCCUCCUCCUCUUGGUUUGAAGCAGGGCGCUGUCUCUGUUAGGUUCGCAAGGCUCUCUGUUGGAGAGACCUUCGCUGCCAUCGUUAGGGCGGAAUUGAAGCAAGAUGUACUGGUGUCACGUGCUGUGACAUGUGGAGGCAAGGUGGAGUACAUGUCCAGUGAUAAUGAGCCCAGCCUCAACUACAUUUACACAACCACAUUCGAGUCUGAUGAGAUUCAGUUGGCUAAACCUGCUGUGUCUCUGUGGGAUGUGGGCAGUCAGGGAAAUAUUUACGAGUACAGAGUGGAAGUGGAAGUACCAGAAGGAAAGCUCUCAUCACUGAUAAUAACCCUGAAUGUGGGAAUGGGUAUCUUAAUAAAGGAGUGUCAGAUUGAUCAUCUCUCCCUGACUUCCACUCAUCAAAACGCUGUAAUUAUAAGUAACGCCGCUGCUGAAGUUAACUUGGGGGAAGUCUAUAAUAGACCUGAUAAUUUAAAAACCGAGAAGGAUAAAGUUUCCCUAAAGAUAAAGUUAGAAAAAAGCCCAUUUCCAUUCGCUGACCUCAGCCUUGUAUACACCACCCUGGACGGUGAAAGAACUAAAACUUUUGCUGUUUCCUGGAAGGAUGAGUGCAAUUUGCUGUUGAAUCUGGUUAGAAGAGACGAGACGGAGUUUGUGGAAGGAGGAGACGAGAUCAGGUACGAUGUGGUGGUUUCACACGAUAUCAGAUCUCAAGUUAACUGUGUUAACGGCAGAAUAUUCCUUCUUCUCGACUACUGUGACAUCCAGAUGCCAGAACAAUUGGAAAUCAGAAGUAAAAAGGGCAUUCGUAAGAUGGUUUAUAUCGAGAAAAGCGAGGAAUCUGCAAUAUUUGCAUUGGACUCUAUCGAAUUAGGAGACGAAUACACAGUUCCGAUAACAGUCCACAUCUCGGACACCAUCCACCCCGGCACCAAGAUCUCCCUCCAAUCCUACAUCAUGUACAGGUCGGACUCUCCGGGUGCUCUCCAGAGGAGAAGCAAGACCAGCUACCCUGACAGUGUGUUGAGCAGUGUGCCUCAGACUACUGCUAUUCUGGUGACACAGCACAACAGUGACGCUGUCUCUAUUGGGGAGACGGUGCAAAUAUCGUGUCUGAUAUCUAUACCUAGGGGUAUGCUUGAUCUGUCGGUCCAUGCUUCUGGCGAUGGAACUGAUUCAGUUCUCAUGACGGGGAUCUCAAGUAAUAUGACUUCUCUGACUUAUGAGAACCUGCAGAUAACUAAAGGUUUAAACCAUGGGUUGAUGAGCUACACAAAGCUUUACAAUCCUCCUGAAGAUCCUGUCCGUAAUGUGCUCUUCACAAUCGCACCUCAGAUUUAUGACUCCGAUGUGAAUGUGGACGGGAGAAAGCUUUCGUUGAGACUUGUCAUAGGAUAUUCUCUUACAGAGAGGGAUAUGAUUGAGGAUGUCAUCUUGUUUACACUGAAGAUUGUCGAACCGGUUCUGGAGGUAAUGUCUUCGGUGACACCGUCUCUGGAAGCAGAGCUUGUCUACAUUACCUUGCACUACUCGCAUAGUACUCCGCCAUACCUGAAAACUUCCAGUGCUAACGCUUAUAGUGUUAAUUCUACCAUAUCUCCCGCCUUUUCUUGUACAAGUGACCACGCUGAGGUGUCUGUGUCCAGCAACACUGUUGUCAUCGACGUUUUGGAACUCGGCCAAGAGCUUAAAAUCCAGUUGUCAUGUCAAUCUUCUCCAUCUAUGGAACUCGGAAAACGCUCCGAGAUUGUAAUCGACUCAACUUACUCCAGCAACUCAUUAAACGGACGCUCCGCACAUCAUCGAGUUAAAACUGGAUUUGUCUACAAAAGCCAAGACCCUGUCCUAGACCUAAGCAUCUCUGGCCUGGACGGCGAGAACAAGAUCAAGCUGAAUGAGAAUGUCGCUGUUGAACUUUCCAUCAGAUUGCCAGUUGGUGUUUUUCCAGGUUCUAAAAUGAACUGGAGGUCCUCUGAAAACUUAUUGUUCGUGGUAUACGAGUGUUUGUUUGAAGGAGCUGAUGUCAUUACCAAGAUCUCCAUGAAUAGUCUCGGUCAAGUAGCAGAGAUGGGACCGUUAGUGAAUGAUGAAAGUGGACGGACUAUCGUGUGUGUUGGAGAUCUGACCACAGUUGGAGAACUCAUGACAAUGCCUGGAGGGGUGACAGUUGCAGUGAACUACGGUAUCAACACUGCCAUCAUCUCACGAGCCAUCCAGAUAACAGUUCCCAGACUUCAAGUUGAUUUUGAAGUAGCUGAUGGUAGGGAGGUAUCCGGGAAUGAAAUUAUCACAACAAAGUUUACUAUAUCCCAUAUGGGGGAGUCGUCGGGUGAUGCGUUUAACUUUUGGUUGAACUCUACUACAGACGGUGCUAGUAUUGGUGGUAGUAAUGAACUUAACACUCCUCUUGGACAGGUGACACUCUCCGAUACCCGGUCCCUCAGUUUCACCCUAACAGUGAACCCUAAUCUCCUCCCUCUCUCCCCGGUGUCCCUCACCACCAGAUUCAGUUACUCGACUAGUCCUACUAGUGGGGCUUACUACACUCUCCCUGAGUUACAAUUUAACGAGCUGAGGAUCAGGGAUAUCAAGCUGGAUGUCACUACUUGUCAGAACCAAAAUAAGGUAUCGGUUGGAGGUCUUGGUUUCAUCUGCAUCACUAUAACCCUACCUGUGUGCCGAACUGAUCUUGAUAUCAACGUGAAACAUCCCCUGUUAAACGAUAGGGAACUGGCUGAGGUGGUUGAUGGUGCAAAGGUCUCAUCGGGCAACCCCAUCUCCACAUCCUUCAAACAGAGGGCAGUCCGGCACCUCAUAACCAGAACAGACCUCAGUAUCCAGGAUAUCACCAACACUGGCUCGGAGCCAGAUACUCUGUCCUUACAAUUGCCCAUCCUCGUGUUUGCUGACGAGGAAGUUUACGAUAAUGAUCUGGUGAAAUUUACUCUGGUGAUAAAUCACAAAGUUUUUGGCGGGAAGAAGGAAACCAACGCGGAGGUAUCUUUUACAGUCACAGAACCCAAGUUGAGUUUAAAGGUGACCAUCUCAGAUUCAAGUGACGAAAAAUACCAAAAAGAUGAUACGAUAACAAUCAGCUACACCAUCCGCCAUACCCCAACUUCCUCAACUCCCGCCUACAAGUUAAAGUUAAAAUCUAACAGCACCAUGUUCCGUGAGUUAUCCGCUGGUGUGAUUGCCUCUAAACUGGAGAGUGGAGAGGAGAAGGAAGGGAGUGUCUCCCUAGUUCUUGGAGAGUUGCCAGAAUUUGGGGCGGUUGAGGAAGUGAGGUUGGUGUUGGAGUAUUGUAGUACUCCUACUGAUGUGGGGAGGAAGUAUUAUCUGGUGGAGACGGCGGGUAGCAUUGGUAUCAGCGGUGUUUCAGCAUCCAUUAACCUCUCCCACGAACGAAUUCCUAUUGGACAAACCUUCACAAUUUUCGUAAAUACCGACAUGCCGAAAGGAAAAGGAGAUGUGAACAUAACCGUGAACUGUGAGGAUCACUGUCAGUUCCUAACAGAGUUGAAACUGUUGACAGAGUUGAAUUCAGCAGUUGUGAAAGGAAACACGUUGUUAUUGUCUGACAUGACCGGAGGUCGGGAGCUCAAAAUGGAAAUUAACGGAUAUUUGACUGAUGAAAGCAUGAAAAACGCUAACAUAACAGUUGAUAUCAACGGCAAGGUUGUGACACAUCAUCUGAUACGUGUUGCUGAGAUUUCUCUUAAGUUUGAGAAUCUUAAAGGUGAUAGAAAGAUGGUGGACGCAGGUAAUAACGUUGAGAAAUCCUUCGACCUGGUCUUCAACGGUACCGUGUACGAUAUCAGAACCAGUCUCUCAUGCAACUACACACAUUCCACCGACUUAUCUUGUCAAGAUAACAAUUGCACUAUCACUGCAACUAUCAGCAAUAAUAUCCCAGAUGCUACACCAGUCACCUGUGAUCUGACUGUUACAGCUAAAUCUCACCCUCUUUACGGGAGAGGCUAUGAGUUUGUGGAGACUAUUGAAAUUGGUCACUCUCCGUCUGUAGAAGUUUCGUUGGAGCCAGUGGAUAGUUCUCUAUCUGUUGGGAACUCUCUUGAAAGUUUACUGAGGAUAAAUGUGUCUGAAGUGGUAGCAUUUGUAGAGGUUGAGGUUCUGUGUGGAAAUGACGAGGACUUUAUUUUGACUGAGGUUGAGUUAGUUAGAUCUCUUGAAAGCGUCAUCGUGGUUGAGGGUAAACGAGAACUGGAGUCCUCGUGUGCCAAGAUCAGCUUGUCAUUCUCUCCAUCGGUUCCUACUGACCAGCUGAAAUAUCAGAUUGUUACCCUAAAGAGCAGCCUUAUUCUCACCAAAAUGAACAAUAACCUGGCAGUAAUGAACUACAAAAUCAUUGUCGGAUCUGAAGCAUCAGACCUAUUAACACAGAAAAUAUCAACCUGUACUCCAAGUGUUACCAUAGAUUCUUCUCUCGUAUCUUCUGGGUCACCGUACAUCAAAUCAGAAGAAGAGAUAUCCUACAAAAUCCUUGUCUCCAAUACAGCCAGCUGCUCUUUCUUCAUUAAAACUUUGGAAUACCUCAUCAAGCCCACUGAUGCUAGCAACAUUGAAAAGAGAAAUGUUAAUAUUCAGUCUGAGGAGACGCUAGAAUUCCAAUUUGAUAUCAAGAUGUUUCCGGAGAAGCUCAUGAUGCUUGAACCUGUGUUGACGGUUCUUGUUGGAACUUCACUGCUCUCUGAGUUUUCUCUCGACAUCAGCCGCGAUAUGGUGCUGCCCCGAGCGUACCUUAUCUCACCGGUGGUUAUCCUAACUCCUCCUCAAUUCUCUCUCCUGCCCCAUGAGGUCCUGAAGGUUACACUAGACCUAUCUAUUCCUUAUCUUGUUGGAGGUACUGGACAGAUUGAUGUUACUAGUUCAACUAUUGGGUGUGUCCUCCUGUUCUCGAGUAUACGUUUUACAGGUUCAGAUCUAUCAGUUUCCCAGCUAUCAUCCCGUGCUAUCCAGAUCCAAUCCUUCUCCGUCUCCAAACGUAGCCAAGACUCAUACCUCCUCACGUCUACCUCCCUCCUAUCCCUGAUAUACACUCUGGAGGUGCCAGAAGAGCGGGAUCAGUACGAGAUGAGUCUCACUACCACUCUGGGAGAGUCGGAGGUGGCGAUCAGUAGGACGGUUGAAGUAAGGACACCUCGUCUGGUGGUGAAGAUGGAGAGUGGAGACCGAGGUGUUGGGUACAUUCCUGGAGACAUUGUCUUGCUCUCACUCACUGUGUCGCACAGUGAAGAUUCGCGGAGUGACGCUGAACAUCCCGUAUUAUUGGUUAACACUCCCCACAUUUGUGAAGACAGCACUGUUCUUACUGGACUAGUUCAGGUUAAAACUAUAAACAGCACGACACAAUCAGUUUCAUUACCAGACAUCUCACUUGAAGAGGAGAUACUUAUCUCGAUACAAUGUGAGAUACCAGACACGACUGAUACGGAGGGAAAGAGUUACACCUACAACGUCCUUCUUAAUUACAUGAGUCCAAGUUUUGAUUCAUCCGAAGAGGGUUGGAAUUAUAGUAAAGCUUUCCAAACAAACUUACAGCUUGGAGAGCCGGAGAUAAGUUUCAACAUAACAACAGUCCCUACACCGGAAACAUUACAAUCUAUCAGAUGCAAGGUUCUCUUAAGAAAAGGAAGCUCUGAUCUGACAGUUUACCUGGAGCUCUCAGAGGAUCUGUCAAUACAAAAACUAAGUCUUGUGGAGGUGGGGGCAUUCCUGUCUUUUGAAGAUGAUGACGUGUAUGAUGUGAGUCUUGAUGAUGGAACGUUCGUGGAGGCAACUGAAGAUGGGCUUACUCUGUCCUUAGGAGAGGUGAUAUGUAGCAACGAAACGAAGGACAGAAGAGCUAACUCGUUUGUACUGGAGCUCUCUGUGUUCAUCAACACCUCCCACAAAACGGAUCAGUACGUGACUGGAAGUGUCCGGUUUGGCAGAGGAGAAGACACGGCCACUCUACCGGUAAAAGUUCAGAUCCCAGAGCUGGACGUGAAUAUCCAGUGUGAGGUUGACGGUGCUGAUUGUGGUGACGUUAUUGAAGUGAACUCUAAAUCUCUUGUAACUUACAUCGUGACUAUUUACCACACAGUAAACUCAACCGGACCAGCCUACAAUGUCAUGCUGCAACUGUACGUUUCUCUCUUCGACCUGGAAGUUAUCUCUACAGAUGCUCCAACCGGAACAGUAGAAAGGUCAGGGCUGGGAGUGAAACUAUCUAAAAGGGAGCUUCUGACGACGCAAACCAUUGUGUGGCAAACUGUUCUGUCAGUCAAAAACUACAAAUCAUUCAGUGACUGCUCAACUGCCAUUGUAUCAUUGUACGAUAAUUCGGAAACAGACAACAAUGGACCAAAAAUGUUGCCCAUCAUAAUCAACAACUUUACUCCGAAACACGAAGAAACCUUCCCGUCACCAGAAAUGUACGGUAAAGGGAUUCUGGGAUCACGUGAUCAUGACACGCUGUACAUUUGCAACACUUCCUGCUCUGCUGUACUGGGGGGAGGCGUGCUGGUGAAACUCAACUCUGCUAUUCACAGCCUCAUUGGUCUAACAGUAACUAGGACUCAGUACAUGCUAUAUGGGAUCUCACAGAGUGGGGCCUAUGUUAUGUCUACUUCGUUGGACAACUGGAUCUCGGUACCUCCUCAAAUCUGGACAGAAGCUGGAGACAAGGCUGGAGACAAGGUUACACCAAGGACUGGACCCUGGCCUCAAACAGUGGACACUUCAACGGGGAUACGAUACACAGCUACAGAAGAAGGAGUCAGUGAUGGAGAUGCUCUUAUAUUUGUGUGGUAGUCAAGUUCGAGCAUGUUCCACGUGCGCGCGCGUGCCACGUGGUAUGCGAGUUAGAAUGCACUUUUGGACUGACUAAACUUACUGAGGCGAACAUGCUCAAAACUACGUAUCGUUUUCAACGAUUUGGAUCCAGCGUUUGAUGAUAGGAAUGAAAUUGAAAACUCAUAUAAGAACAAUCCAAGCUGAACACUUAUUAAGCCCGUUUUGAUCCGGGAUAAUUGGUUUUACCUGUUUAAUCAAGGAUAUUUAAAAACUUUUCGUUUACUUUUUAGCAAGCUAGCUAUCAUAAUCGAAGACAGGGUAUCGAAUAUGUUCGCCAGUAAUCAUAAGAUGAAUAAGUGUUCUGUGUGAAUUGAGAAACUGCACUGCAGUGACAGUGCUUCCCAUUUAAUGAAGAAAUAAAGUGCUUGUUGAGUAUGCUAGCCCAAUAUGUACUAUCAAAAAACUUAAACAAGUUUUAAGAGUGAGGAAAGAUCUUUUUGAGUAAUUUUUAUGAUUAUUGUUAGUUUUUAAUUGACGAAGCUGUGAUAUGUGCGGCAGAGUGUAGCGAUUUAGCGUUUUAGGUUGACGGACGAGUCUUUCUGAAGACUCGACAAAUUUUUAACAGUAGCUAAGACAGUUAGAAUCGGUGAUCAAUUAGAAUCAGCGAUCAGUAGAUUUUGAUGAUUAUAUCAAGAGAGUGUUCUACAAAACAAUUAUUCAGUGUAUGAGAUCCGCUCAUAUUUGUCUGGGAGUUAAGCGGAAAUUAAUAAUUUUAAUAUUUUAAUCUGAGUUUUGUCAUCAUGUUGAUUCUACUUUAUACACAAGUUUAACACAAUAGGAAACACACUUAUAUCAUCAUUUUUUGCACGAUUUACCUCGCGAUGAGUAAGAGUAUGUUUGAGGUGUCAAGAUCUUUAAAUUGUGUAACUGAUUAUCGACAGAAAUGUCCAUUAUAUAUAAGAGUUUUAAAAGUUUUCACGCGAAAUCUCUGUC